GAAAUCGGUCGAGUGGGCCGUUCAAAUCAGGUGGCCUAUUGUCACGCAUUUCUUCCACCCGGUCUGUUAACCGAACCACAGGAGGCGAAUGAAUUACGGCGACACAUUUUUGCCAAUCACAUUGAUGCGGUCAUGAUCAAACGCUUACUUCGUCUGAUGUUUCAACGGGUUCAGUGCACUUGUCGUCCGUCCGCCGACGACCAAACUGCCCCGGUUUGUCCCGGUCAUGUGCACACAAUCGAUCCGGCCGAGGUGGAACGGUUGUUGGACAUCAAACCAGAAAGUUUAGCCACCAUUCUGGCCUAUAUGGAAUUGGACUCACAAAACCCGAUCAUAACUGUGUUACAGAACGGGUUCAAGACUGCCGUGGUAGAUUGCUACGGUGGACCGGCAGAAAUGGCCUACGCCUCUCAACACUGCCUGGCAGUAGCCGCUGGGAUCAGUGUGGCUUGUGAGCAGAAAACUCCAGCCGAACGUGUGGAAUACUUUGCCAGUGUGCGACAGCUGACCAUCGAUUUACCGUACCUGUGUAACCGAUGGGGCUGGCGGUCAUCAGCUGUGCGACAAGAGCUAAAAAAUCUUGAAUGGCACAGUUCCGCCGGUUCCGGUUCAUCAGGACCGCAUCGGACCGGAAUUCAGAUUAAUUUGUCCGGCUGGAGCUGGUGGUUUUGGACGCAUCAAGUACCGGUCGAACCGGAAUUACUGGAUCAGUGUUUCAACUCCCUCCAGCAGCGUCUGAAAGCGAUCGAAACUGCCGGUCUGGAUAGUCUGGAUCAGCUCACUCGUGCUUUAGCUCAAGUCUCCAAACCGCGAUUCGAUCAGAUCUAUCCGGAUUCGGCACCGGCCUCCAAGGAGCAGCUCACUCUGACCGCAGACCGAUCGGAGCGAUCAGCUUUGGUACACAAACUUAUUCUGGCGCACUUUCAAACCGCUCAACCCAGUACGUCUGUGGAAUGCUUGUCCACGGAUGAAAUUUCGGUUAGCUUUACCUGGCCACCACCGGUUACGGAUUCGCAGAUCCAGUCUGUCCGCUCCAGAGUACGCGAGUUUUUGCAAACCCACGGUCCCAGCCUGGGCGAUCAAAUCACCGGUCGUGCUUUGGCUAACCUGUUUCACGGUAUUCCCUCACCCCAAUUCCCAUCCCAAAGCUGGUGCCGGAAUUAUCGAGUGUGGCGCACUCAUUUGGACGUGGAUUGGCCCCUAUUGUAUCAAGUCGCUACCGAAGAACUACGGCAAAAUAUUCAUCUGUUGAAUUAG